CAGUCAGUCGUCACAGUAAACAGUAUAGAGUAGUUGUGUUCUGAUCUCUCCUCACGAACUGUUAUUAUAGCUGUAUAUACUUAAACUGCAAUCAUUUAAAAGAUCAUUAAGAACAGAAGAAAUGGAACAUACGAGUAUCGUGAUUUUGUUAGUUGGAUUUACUCUUGUCGGUGUGCUUGCAGAUGUAGAAGAUUCAUGUAUCGUCAAAAAUGUUGCUCUCAAUAAACCAGCAUACGUAUCCUCCAAGCAUCGCCAAGAAGCUCUCGCUAGUUUAGCUGUUGAUGGGAACUUAGAACAGAAUUAUUAUGGCACCGAAUGGGGAAACGACGAAUGGGGAAAAACUCCGUACUGUUUUCACACUCAAGACAUUCCUAGUCCUAACAACUGGUGGUAUGUUGAUCUUCAGCAAAUGUACAGUAUAGAAAAAAUGGUGUUCUACAACAGGAUAGAUUGUUGUAGCGAAAGAGCAAUAUUUGAAAUACAGGUCGAUUACUCUUCUGACAAUAUGACCAAUGUCGGCUUUGUGGAGAAAAUGAAUUCGACUAAGACUGUAUAUAUGCCUACGGACACUAGAGGGAGGUACGUGAAACUUGUGCAGCCUGGAAUAUCAAACCUUCACCUUUGCGAAGUCGAAGUAUACGCUUUACCAGUAUGCUGUAGCGAACCGUGUCAAAAUGGCGGAACUUGUAGCGCAAACAACUCUGAUGCACGUGGUUAUGAGUGCGCAUGUGUUAAAACCAGUGAUUACAAGAUCACCGGUGCGCAUUGUGAGGAGGUUUGGAUGAAACUGCCGACUAAUAGAACAUAUGACCUUGUGCCUCGACCGUAAUGCUGAAGGUAAGUAUCGGAUCGAUAAAUCGUUAUCUUUUUUGGACAACAUUUGGAUAACAAAAUACUUUGAUUCAAUAUUGUGUUCAAGGACAACUUUUAGAAGACCAGAUUAGUUAUUUUGCAGCUUUAAACUUUGGAAACAACAUUCAUCUUGAAUUUCAGCUUUACGAACGAAAGUGAAUGAAAAGAUUCGUUCUGUUUCAGCUUUAUGACAGCCUUUAGAAGAACUGAUAUUUUAAAUAUGUUCCAUUCUUAACUUGAUCCUUUCAACAAAACAAUGUCUGUUCAUUACUUAUGAUUAAGAAAUAAUAUAUCCCAAACAGUGAUUUGUCAUUGAAUAAAAUCAUUUUUGCAGUUUAGAUGCGAAGGAAUCAUAUCACGAGAUUGCAACCCGAUUGAUAUAAUAAUACGCAUCUAAACGAUAAAUAAUGAUUUUAAUUUAAGAGCAAAUCACUGUUUGAGAUAUAAUAUUUCGAUUCUAGAACCCUAUCAAGGAUUAUAAUGUACAUCCUUGACGACAUCUUUCAAAUAUUUGUCUAUUUUCUGUUUGUUUCUUUUCCAGCGCGCCGCUAUGCCGUUUGACGCUAUGGCGUAAUAAAUGUGACGUCAGAAAAAUGAAUAAUUGUUUAAUAACACUUAAUAAGCCUUCUUUGUUUAAUAGGAAAACAAAUUGGGUCGUGUUAGAAAUAUGUUUUACAGUAUCUUUCAACAGAAUAUGUGUUUACAUGUCAGUCAUUUAAUGAAGCAGGCAUUCUGGCUUUUAUGUAUUUUAUGUAUUUUUGUUCAAUGCUUGCGUUAUUUCUGUUUAGGGACUCGUUUUCAAGAUAUUGUUAUGUUAUUAUCUUUUCUUUUAGUCAUUGUUCUUUUUGUUUAGGAAAAAGUCAGGACAAAUGAAUAAUAGUUAAAAUAAGUGUUCCGCAUGUGUUCUCGAAUCAAUAAUUAACAUUUUUGCAAAAGUGCAAUACAUAAAUAUUUUUUUUUUAUUUUGAUAAUUUCUUACAAAACAAUGUAUUUUUCUGAUUUCCAUGCCUUAUUUUAUUUGUGUUAAGCUUGUUAUAUUCAAGGUUUUAUUGUCUUAUAUGAUUUAUGUUUCAUUUAUUAUCAUAUUUAACCAGGACAUAUAAAUAGAGGAUAAUUGUUGGUUUCGGUGUAAUAUCACGUUAUAAUUUCACCGAGUGGGCACCAAAAGUGAUAUUUUCACGAGUGGCGCAGCCACGAGUGAAAAUAACAACUUUUGGUGUUCACGAGUGAAAUUACCGUGAUAUUACAUCGAUACCAACAAUUUUUCUGUUUAUUUUAUGUCUAAAACUCUACUUUUGUUGUGUUUAUUUCAAUAAAAUGUCGAAAUUUGCGGGAAAUUUUAUCAGGAAGCAUCGCAAAGAUGACGUCAUUUUAACGACGUCAUCGUCAUAUUGUUUCUGGCUUUCAGUACGCUCGGUAAACUUUUUGACGUUAAUCCGGGUAUCAGAUUUGAUAAUUUUCACUGAGUGGCCAGUGAGUUUAUCAGGAUAUAAUUCACCGUUAUAUUUCGAUAAACCACCGAAAAACAUAAAAUAAAUGGAAUUAAACAAUGUUUCACCUUUUAUCCUAUUCAAUUAGAAUCUAUUGACAUUUUACAAAACACCAUUUUCCAGACAGAUGAUUUCCAUUUACGCAUUUUAUUGGUUUAUUGAAAUAUAACGACAGAUUAUAUUUAUAAUUUACACUGGUUUAUUAUAUAUUUCGAAACAAAAAAUCGAUUUUGGAAUAAUAUUAUCUACAUAAGUCGGAAAUGUUGUCAUAAAUGAAGUUCCAAAAAUAAAAUGCUGUACAUACGAAAGUUGAUGAAGAAGUAACGGCGCCUUAAUUCAACGUUGAUUCAUUAUAUAAUUUGAAACAGUACCUUCAUAAAUUCAAUUCUGAUAACACUGGUAAAUAUUCAUUCCUCAGAUUGUUUCGUUUUAGACACAUAGAAAUUCGAAGUAUACCGUUGUAAACACCAUUUCGCCACAUGCUUAUAAAUUUUCGUUUCAUCAACAGAAAAACGACAGUCCCCAAUUAACAUCAUACAAUUCCCCCAAAUCACAGGAUAUUUUCAUGAUACGGCGUAACGUCGCUUUGUUGUUUACCCUUAAAAUUUUUGUUUCAUCAUCACAGAUUAAAGAUCGGUUUAUAUUGUCGACUUCUAACGUUAGCAGCGUUAUCGAAGUGCGGCGUUCACCUAUACAAAGCUUAUUGUAAAUGUGGAAUUUCCAAAAAUUAUGCAAUAUAUUUUACAAUAUUUUGAAGAAUAAAAUACUGCAAAAAGAUCAAGAUAUAUAGGUAUGACUUUCAAGAUAGUGUUAUGUAAAGAUCUUUUCUUUUAGUCAUUGUCCUUUUAAAGAAGAAAGUCAGGACAAAUGAAUAAUAGUUAAAAUAAGUGUUUCGUACGUGUUCUGAAAUCAAUAAUUAACAUUUUUGUAAAAGUACUUAAACACAUAUUAUUUCUCAUUUUGAUCCUUUCUAAUAAAGCCAUGUACUGUUCUGAUUUCCGUGCCUUAUGUUAGCUGUGUUAAGCUUCUCGUAUUCAAGAUUUUAUUAUAUUAUAUAAUAUUUUAUCAUUUAUCAUCAUAUUUAACCAGGACAUAUAAAUGUAAUUAAACAAUGUUCCAUCUUUUAUCCUAUUCAAUUAGAAUCUAUUGACAUUUUACAAAACACCAUUUUCCUGACAGAUGAAUUCCAUUUACGCAUUUUAUUGGUUUAUUGAAAUAAAACGAAAGAUUAUAUUUGUAAUUCACACUGGUCUAUCAUAUAUUUCGAAACAAAAAAUCGGUUUUGGAAUAAUAUUAUUUACUUAAGUCGGAAAUGUUGUCAUAAAUGAGGUUCAAAAAAUAAAAUACUGUACAUACGAAGGUUGAUCAAGAAGUAACGGCGCCUAAAUUCAACGUUGAUUCAUUAUAUAAUUUAAAACAGUAUCUACGUAAAUUCAAUUUUGAUAACACUGGUAGAUAUUCAUUCCUCGGAUUGUUUCGAUUUAGACACAUAGAAAUUCAAAGUAUACCGUUGUAAACACCAUUUCGCCACAUGCUUAUUAAUUUUCGCUUCAAGAACAGAAAAAUGACUGUCCACAAUUAACACCAAACAAUUCCCCCAUAUCACAAGAUAUUUUCAUAUGGUGUAACGUCGGUUUGAUGUGUACCCUUAAAAUGUUUGUUUCAUCAUCACAGGUUAAAGUUCGCUUAAUUGUACAAAAUGUCGAGUUCUGACAUUAGCAACGUCAAUUAAAUGCGGCGUUCACCUUUACAAAGCUUAUUGUAAAUGUCGAAUUUCCAAGAACUAUGCAAUAUAUUUUACAAUAUUUUGAAGAAUAAAAUACUGCAAAAAAGACAGGUAUUAUAUGUUUUCUUUUCAUGUAACGCGUUUUCACCGCUCCAAUGACAUUAUAUCUUGAUCAUCCCACGUAUGUACAAGCAAGAAAAUAGGAAUAAACGUCUUCCAUAUUUAACCCUUACCAUGCUAAAUUUCUAUAAUGGACUGGUCCUCUUCCAAUAUGGGCAGUGCCAUUUAUCAUUUGAAGGGGUGUUUACUAAAAAUUUACUGACUGAAUAGCGAACAGUGCAGACCAUGAUCAGACUGCACGGAUGUGCAGGCUGAUCUUGGUCUGCACUGGUCGCAAAGGCAGAAUCACUUGCCGCCAGCAAGCUAAAGGUUAAAUAUAUAAAUAAUUUACUUCUUUUUCUGGUUUAACUACUUUUGACAUUAUCGUGUUUUAUUGCUUAUGCUUUUUAUAUUAAGCUAUAUAUUAGGAAAAUAUUAGGAAGAACAGACGGUUUAACUCACAGCUCAUUGACAAUGUUUGGUAGAAAAUUGAUUUUCAGUGGAAGGACAGAAAUAUAUGGACUUAUAAUGGAGGAGUAUUCGGCAUUACAUAGGCAACAUUUGAAAAAACAAAUUGUUGAAAUUUAGCUUCUUGAAACAGUAAUAAUAAAGAAUUGUUUAUGGUUGCUUGUGUUAUUUAUCACAAUCUACAUGAAUCUAGAUUUUGUGCAUGUUGUGCCCUACUUAUUGUCCAUCAUUAUCAUAUGUAUUAACAAAUGUUAAUUGGAAUCAAUAAACGUCUUUACUUCUU